CAGCAUCCAGUAAGCUACGCAUGCUCAUUACUGCUCUUUCUCACAACAUCUAUCAGCCAUAUGGACAGUUAUACAUCCGUCAGUAUAGCGAGAAGAACCUUUGAAUCAACAUGGAUGGCGUUAAAUUGGACCUUUCAAAUAUAUUAGACCCUCACAAUAUCAUUACAACGUAAAGGUUAUUUACCAAUAUUUCGGUUACAGGUACAGCGAUUUCUUCUCGAGUUCGUGGACGAUUAGUUAAUAUAGUUAUUAUAUAAACAUAUUUUUAGAUAGAGAAAAACGGAUGCCGAAUAUUAAUCGCAGAUUUAUUUGACAUACACUGAACAUAUAAUUUCAGCAAUGGCAGAUGCGGAGCUGCAAACCUUCACAUCCAUCAUGGACGCUCUCGUGCGCAUAAGCUCCAAUAUGAAGAGCAUAGCGAGAGAGCUACAUUGCCCAGUGUGUGAGGAGAUGGUGAAGCAGCCUAUUGUGUUGCCAUGUAUGCACAGUGUGUGUGUGCUAUGUGCGGCUGAAGUUUUGGUUCAGAGGGGUUACCCCUCACCCGAACUGCCCCCAGAGCCCAACACUCCAACCUCAAGCCCCAACACACGCUCUCCUCGACAAACACGCAGACCUCCGCCCAAAACCGACCGUUUGGACCGGGUGAUCAGAACAGUGUGUGGGACACAUCCAGGUCGCAGGCGUAAGGACACUCCCCCUGUGAUCAUGCUGUUCCCCUGUCCCACCUGCCGAAAAGACGUGGAGCUGGGAGAGAGAGGCCUUGCAGAUUGCCUUAGAAACCUCACCCUGGAGCGAAUUGUGGAGAGGUAUAGACAUACAGUGAGUCUUGGCAGCAUGGCUAUCAUGUGUCAGUUCUGUAAGCCUCCUCAUGUACUAGAGGCUACUAAAGGCUGUGCUGACUGCAGGUCCAACUUCUGCAAUGAGUGCUUUAAGCUGUACCACCCCUGGGGUACACCGCGAGCCCAACACGAACAUAUUCUGCCUACACACAGCUUCAGACCCAAGGUUUUAGUGUGUGUUGAGCAUGAGCAGGAGAAGUUGCAGUUUUACUGCAGGUCAUGUCAGCGCCUGUUGUGCUCGCUUUGUAAACUGCGUCGUACCCACAGCGGACACAAGAUCAUGCCUAUUGCCCUGGCUUACCAAACUUUAAAGGAGAAAAUUACCAAGGAGAUGAACUACAUUUUGGCCAAUCAGGAUGCUGUACAGGCACAGAUAACCCAAGUAGAGAGUGGCAUUGCUCAGACUGAGGUCAAUAGCGCAGUGGCCAAUGAGCAAUUGAACCAGUGUGUGAGUGAAAUGCGGGGGGUGCUCGGGGAGCGCCAAGGUGUUUUGGCCAUGGCGCUGGAGGAGGCCCGUGCACAGAGGGCAGGGGCUCUGAAUUCUCAGCUGUCCGAAAAACAGAGUCUUUUGGAAAACGCGGGACUGCUCACAUACGCUCAGGAGCUCCUUAAAGAAACCGACCAGCCUUGCUUUGUGCAGGCUGCCAGAAUCACACACAACAGAUUGGUCAAAGCGAUAGAAAAUCUUCAGCAUUUCUCUCUGUCUGCUGAUCCCUCGUUCCGACACUUUCAGAUUGAUGUCUCCAGAGAACUCAAGGCACUCUCUAGCAUGAACUUCAUACAAGCCCCAUUGGCUCCUGUGAUUGACACUCAGAAGACACUGGCCUAUGAUCAGCUCUAUUUGUGCUGGCGGCUCCCGCAGGACUCCGCUCCUGCCUGGCACUACUCAGUGGAGUUUCAGAGAAAGGUGGGUGGGGCCGGGGCAGUAUGGGGUGCAGUGCGGUCCGAGGGAGGACCUGGAAGCAAUGGCACACACUGUCUGUGGCAGCGUCUGGAUGAUGUGGGUGGGACUUGUGCAGUGAUUGACAAGCUGGAGAUGGACAGCGUCUACGUCCUAAGAGUCAGAGGCUGUAAUAAGGCAGGGUAUGGAGAGUACAGUGAAGAAGUGUAUCUACACACACCACCUGCACCAGUGUUGCCCUUCUGCCUGGAUUCUCGCUGGGGUCUGCAUGCGGAGCGGGUGGCACUGGGCAAAGGGCAGACGUAUGCCCGUAGUGUUCCCGGGAUGACUCUGUUACAGGCAGCCGAUCGAGCCCUGACGUCCUGUCACCUCACCUCGGACCUCCUCGUGGCUGACGUUUCCAUCACGCAAGGACGUCACUACUGGGCAUGCUCAGUGGAGCCUGGAUCCUACUUAGUAAAGGUGGGAGUGGGUUUAGAAGCAAAGCUACAGGAGUGGUUUCAUCUUCCACAAGACAUGGCAAGUCCACGGUAUGAUCCAGACAGUGGUCAUGACAGCGGGGCAGAAGAUGCUCAGGAAUAUCCUCCGUUCUGUUUUCUGACAAUAGGCAUGGGCAAAAUCUUACUCCCCAAAUGUGGGACAUCUAGCACUUCUAGCGGCCCCCUAACCAUCCCCCUGCCACCGCGCCUCGGACUCUGCUUGGACUUCGAGAAGGGACGGGUAACUUUCUACGAUGCGCAUUCUCUGCGAGUGCUGUGGGAGGGGACUGUUGAUUGCUCCGCCCCUGUUUGCCCAGCCUUUUGUUUCAUUGGUGGAGGGGCUCUGCAGCUGCAGGAGUUAAUAGCCAAUCACAGUACAGAGCAGAACCCGCCAAGAAGAGUGACCAUUCAGACACGUUCAACGGAUCUCAAACACUGAAACGAAUAUUGGCCAUGAAUCCAGUCUACUCUGCACCUUUAAGCAAAUCUUCUUUUAUCAUUUUCUAAUGACUAUUUGUCUACCUGCUUAUUUUGUAGAUGAUUAUGCAUUAAUUAGCGAUAUUUUAUAUUAAGAUUCAUUUCAUUUGUAAAAACUGAAUAGCAAAGUGUUCAUGGAUGCUGUUAACCUGUAGCAUGCUAACAACAUGUAGGUCAGUGAUAAAUAAUGAGGAAUUAUUGCCAAUAUUAAACAAAUUAAUGAUCAGGAAUCACCUUUUAAAUGUGUGAUAGCCAAUGAAUCCUCAGUAUUUACAAACUUGUUUUCCAGCAUUGUUAGCAUGUGUACCACCCAGGAUGGGUGUUAUAAUAAUGACUAAACACUUAGAUCAGUGUAUGUGCUUUUACAGAAAUGUCUUGAAAUUUGAUCACAUUUAUUUUCAUUUGAUGACAAGGCUUGAUGACAGCUAAAGAUGUUACUGCAGCAGUCGGUUGUCAUAGUGUUCAGAGUUUCAUCUGUGUUCUAAGCAGUUUUUUAAAUGGAUUGUUAGUAGCCUACUUUGAGGCUAAACUAAACGUUGGGCAUAUUGUGUUGGUGUCAAUACAUAUCUUGUAUGUAGAGACCAUUGUCUUUGUGGUUUGUUUGGAUCAGAACAGGGCUGUAUGAAACAUUCACUGAGUGAUCAGAAUGAAACUAUACAAUAAAACGAUCAGAGCUGCUGGUUACUUCUGCUUUCGUGUGGGAUUCCUAUUUCAACGCAAUACAACCGUCUCACCCAUCCAGCGGACUACUGUCUGUACUGACACACCCAGUGUUGGGAAAAGUUAUUUUUAAAAGUAAUGCAUUACAGUAUUAAGUUACUCCCCAUAAAGGUAACUAAUUGCGUUACUUAGUUACUUUCCAUGGAAAGUAAUGCUUACGUUACUUUUAAGUUACUUUUGCGUUACUUUUUCUUACUUGGCUGAGGCUUGAUCUCUUUCAGGCUUUGCAGGUGUUUUUAUGAUCACAAAAAUUUCAAGCUCUGGCCUGCCAUCUACAUUUCUGACUUAAACUCUUUUUUCCGCUCAGCCGCACAGAAUGCGUAAUUCUACGUUAAUAUGUUCAGUUUAAUUCAGUACAUUAUUUUAUUUUUUAAUUUAAUUAAUUAAACUGAAAAGUAGCUCGCAUUACCUUUUUAAAAAAGCAACUCAAAUAUUUAAUAGUACAUUUAUAAAGUAAUGCGUUACUUUACUCGUUUUGACUCUCGUGUGUGUGUGUGUGUGUGUGUGUGUGUGUGUGUGUGUGUGUGUGUGUGUGUGUGUGUGUGUGUGUGUGUGUGUGUGU